GAUGAGUGGUCAGGAACUGGUCACUUUGAAUGUGGGAGGGAAGAUAUUCACAACGAGGCUCUCCACCCUCAAGCAGUUCCCUGCCUCUCGGCUGGCAGGCAUGUUAGAUGGCAGAGACCAAGAGUUCAAGACGGUUGAUGGGCAGAUUUUUGUGGACAGAGAUGGUGCUUUAUUUAGUUUCAUUUUAGAUUUUAUGAGAAAUCACGAGCUGCUGUUACCCUCGGACUUCUCAGACCAUCUUAGGCUCCAGAGAGAGGCUCUUUUCUAUGAACUUGACUCUCUUGUUGAUCUCUUAAACCAAUAUCUGCUCCAAUCAGGAUCUGCGAGAUCUGCUGUCGUGGAGGUGCAUUUCCUAAACCGAAAUACUCAAGCCUUCUUUAGAGUGUUCUGCUCUUGUAGCAAGACAAUCGAGAUGCUGACUAGGAGGAUUACAAUGUUUGUAGAGCAGCCCGCUGCACUGGCCAGCGAUAGCAAUUCCCCUCAGGUGGCUUUACCUCCACAGAGACCUUCUCACCAUGACCUGCUCUUCCACUGUGGCUCUGAUGGUGCUGCUGAGAACCAUGCUGGAGUCAGGUACAUUUCCAUAAAGCCUGAUAACCGGAAACUGGCCAAUGGAACAAAUGUCUUGGGCCUCCUGAUCGACACUUUAUUAAAGGAAGGCUUUCGUCUGGUCAGCACUAGAGCACCAGCCUCUGGAGACAAAAGUGAAUAUUAUGUCUUUGAAAGGAUAAAGAGCCCUCAAGUCCUUGGGAUCAAUAUAACACCGAGAUCAGAAACUACCACCAUGCCAGUGCCAUCUCGGAAGUGACACUGCUCUUCUUUGGGAAUUCCAUAUCAGGACAUGUCAGAUUUGUACUCAGUCGAACUUCAGGUUUCCCUAGCAGUGCUUAAAGUCACACUGCCUGUUCUCUCAAAACAGCACUGUACUUUAUGCUUUGGCGUUUGCUCUUUUCUCCAUGAACUCUCAAAGCUUUUAGAAAUAGGCUCUGGACUUGAACUGUAUCUAAUCCUAGUUUAGUCAUUUAUUAGCUAUGUGACUUAAUUGAGACAUUUAACAUUUCUGUGUUUUAACUUUUAUCUAUUAACUAGGGACAAAAACUAACUCCCCUUGUAGGGUUAUGAGGUUGGUGGUUAAAGGAGACAAAGUCCUCAUUAUGUUGUCUGGCAUGCGGUAGGCAUUCAGUAACUGUUAUUGAUGAUAAUGAUCAUGGGUCACUUGCUUUCAAACCCAUCUCUUCUCCAGGCCUUGUUUUCUCCCUUGCCUUUUAUUUCUCUGCAGUGUCCGUGCCUUAGGGUUUUAUUGCUGUAAGGAGACACCAUGACCAUGGCAACUCUAAUAAAGGCAAACAUUUACUUGGGGCUGGCAGUUUCAGAGGUCUAGUUCAUUUUCAUCACAGUGGUAAACAUGGCAGUAUCCAGACAGACAAGGUGCUGGAGGGGCCAAGAAUUCUACAUCCUGAUCCCUAGGCAACAGAAGGGAACUAUGUGUCACACUGAGCAUAGCUUGAGCAUAGAAGAUCUCAAGCCUGCCUCCCCAGUGACACACUUCCUCCAACAAGGCCAUACUUCCUAAUAGUGCCUACUCUCUAUGGGCCAAGCAUUCAAACAUGAGUCUAUUGGAGGCCACAACUAUUCAAACCACCACGUGAUUCACCCUUCAUGCAUACAAAGCAAGCCCUCUAUGACUAUGAUUGUACCCCUCAGCAGAUGAUUCUUCUGUAUAGACAUAUAUCAUCAUAAAACCAGGUUUUCUUCACUAAUGUAAGUUCUAUGAAAAGUUUAUAAUGCUCCUAUACAUACAGUAUUGUGCUAAACUUAUAAAUCAUACAGUAUAUACAUUCAGUGAAAAGCUUUGGAACAAUAUUUAAAAUACAUAGAACUUUGUGUUUUAUUUGUAUAAAACACUAGGAUAAGCACCUGAGAGAAAGUAUUUCAUCAAGAGGCUCCUAGUGUUUGCUUAUAGUUGAGUGAAAAGCUGUUGUGUAUAAGCACUUCAAAGUGUGCAAGUCAUUCAAGAACAUAUUUUAAAUAUUUUUCUUAGGUAGGGUUACUAUGGCUGUGAUGAGACAACAUGACCAAAGGUAAAUUGUGGAGGAAAGUUUAUUUGGCUUACACUUUUGUGGGGGUCCCUACAAACAUGAGACUAGCCAUCCAUGUGAGGCAAGGAGAUCCAGUUCAACAUGAUUCAGCGAGCCUGUGUUGGUCCAAACUUGAAUCUGACACCAGGCAGUUUAUUUUGGUCAUCUCUAAGUACAACAUUGGAAAAAAGUUUCCUGGUGAAUGUGGGCCUCAGCUCUUAGUCCACUGUGCAAAUUGAAUAGAUUGCAGUCAUUAGUCAUUAUGUUUGCUCCCUUGACAGCAGCACUUGGUUACCUGACUUAGAACAAUUUCUAAGUUAAAGAAUAAAAGUUCUAAGUUUAAGACAGAAGUUUAACUGUACCAACAAAGCUAUGGUGAACCUUCA